AUGGAAUCCGACCUUUGUGAAAGUUAUUUUUUUAAUUUCCGAGUUGGCGCUGAAGUGACGCUUGCGCGGCUCCGCCUUCCGCCCGCCCAACUGCUGGAUAUAAGGGCAUGUUACAGCGGAUCUGACGAUAGAACUUGUUGCACUUUCGCGCUUUGCCGAACUUUUGAGAUCUUAGUCGCGUCGGACGGUAUCACUCGAGACACAAUGCUGAACAAGAGGUUCCUGUUCGCUCUAGCUGUGCUAGCAGCAGCUGCAUUCGUCGAAGCACGUGAGGAAGGUCCCCACGAUAUGGCAGAUGCACUACGCAUGCUUCAGGAGUUGGACCGUUAUUACACACAAGCUGCUAGACCCAGGAUUGACCGCCGCGACGUAGCACAAAUGGACCGCGUCGACCCAGACUUGUUAGAUCGCGCGGUGCGGCUUCUUCAGCUGCAGAAACUCGACCGCAUUUACUCCUACCACACCCGACCAAGGUUUGGAAAACGAUCGGAGGCCUACACGAACUGGGGAAAGGAUGUUGAAAAACCCGAGUUACCAGCAUGGUUGGCAUAUGCCAGAAGGAGAUGA